AUGUCAUUCACGGAGACGCGUAAAAACGCUCGCUCCUUUUGCUCUUCCGCCUGCUCCAACACUGAAGCCUGUGCCGGCUGGUCAAACCCAAGCGGACCCCGGCAGACCUGUGGGGCCCCGAAGAGACAGAGGAGACAGAGGACAGAGGAAUGGGGCCCCAGUUUGUGGGGAGAGGUCAAAGAGGAGCCACACUGCACAGGUGGUUUGGAAGAAUUCAGUCCAGAUCUCUCCCACAUUAAAGAAGAACCAAAGGAUGUGUUGAUCAAAACAAGCCUUCUGCAUGAGGCCGCGGUGAAGGGAGAGGAGAGCGUCCUCUACGGAGCGGGCUGGACCUCUGAUAGAGUCUCUCCACAGACACAUGUGAAGGAGAACAGAGACGAUGGCUGCAGCUCUGACUCGGACUGGAGCUUUGAGUUCAGACCACACACAAAAACCAAAGGCAAAAGGCAGAUGCAGUGUGCGGGCGGGAGCAGUGUCGGCCCCCAGAGCAGAGCGCACAGAUGCUCAGAGUGUGGCAAGGACUUCCAGUUCUCCUUCCAGCUACGCAAACACAAACUGCACCACGACCUCACCUGCCCAGUGUGUGUAAAGCAGUUCAAAGACUUAGCAAUUCUAAACAUCCACAAGAGGCUGCACACGGGAGGAGACCGGAUCCGACACACUCGGACCCACACAGGGGAGAAGCCGUUCCACUGCUCCGUCUGCCUGAAGGACUUCCGAGUGCAGAGUGACUUAAAGCGCCACAUGAAGACCCACUCCUUCAGCUGCUCUGUGUGCACCAGAGGCUUCACCAGAGAAGAGCAGCUCACAGAGCACCUGAAGAGCCACAGUCAGCACAGAGCUUAUGUCUGCAGCUUCUGUGGGAAAGGUUAUUCACACAUGAGUAAUCUGACCAUACACCUGCGCAUCCACACAGGAGAACGCCCUUUCAAGUGCUCCGUCUGCAACAGCGACUUCCCCCAGAAGAGCUCCCUCAAACGCCACAUGAGCACCCACUCUGCACACCCCCCAUUAAGGUGGUCCCUCCCCCAGGAGGACUUUAGGAUCCAGGCCCAGACACUCUCAAAGGAGGCCCCCUGCAGUCUGGGUGUGUUCCCCGAGGAGGCAGGCUGCACAGAAAAGACUGGUCCAGUUUUCCACUGCUCCAGAGAAGAAUCUGAGAUGGUGAAAGCAGAGGUUCUCCCUGAGGUUCUCACUGAGGUUCUCACUGAGGUUCUCACUGAGGUUCUCCCUGAGGUUCUCCCUGAGGCCCAGUACAUGUGUGUCACAGUGAAGGAGGAAGAGGAGUCUACUGUCCUCCCUGGACCUCUGCAGAGCACAGAGGACCAGGACGGGUCCAGGCCUGACUGCUAUCACACAGAACAGUCUCAGGGAGAUCUGAACAAACACACUCGGACCCACACAGGGGAGAAGCCGUUCCACUGCUCCGUCUGCCUGAAGGACUUCCGAGUGCAGAGUGACUUAAAGCGCCACAUGAAGACCCACUCCUUCAGCUGCUCCGUGUGCACCAGAGGCUUCACCAGAGAAGAGCAGCUCACAGAGCACCUGAAGAGCCACAGUCAGCACAGAGCUUAUGUCUGCAGCUUCUGUGGGAAAGGUUAUUCACACAUGAGUAAUCUGACCAUACACCUGCGCAUCCACACAGGAGAACGCCCUUUCAAGUGCUCCGUCUGCAACAGCGACUUCCCCCAGAAGAGCUCCCUCAAACGCCACAUGAGCACCCACUCUGCACAUCCCCCAUUCAGGUGGUCCCUCCCGCAGGAGGACUUUAGGAUUCAGGCCCAGACACUCUCAAAGGAGGCCCCCUGCAGGUCGGUCUGUGACACUGAGGAGCUGAGGAUCUAUGACGACAGAUCAUUAUAA